AUGCCUGCCCUGCUACCGCCGCAGCUAGAACUUGCUGUUGCCACAGUUGCACAAUGCCUAGAUUCAUUGCAAGUUGACUAUGCUUUCAUGGGAGGCGCGGCUGUAUGCCUCACCGCUCCUGACCCUAGCCGACGUACAGAGGACGUCGAUCUAGUGAUUCACGUUGAUCAGCGAUCCAUCACUGCAGAUAUUCUCACUCAGAGAUUACUGAGCUCUUUCUCAUCUGAGUUUGGCCCGGUCAAUCAGUUCGGCCACAUCAUCCCCGCAUACCGACUCCGUUUGCCCAAUGGCGCCAUACAGCUCGUGGAGGUCGAGGUUUUUGAUUACGCCAGCUGGCCAAACCGACCGCAAUACAAUCUCCAAACCGCUACGCGAGUGACAAAGUCAAUCAACGGGUACCCUGUGAAGCUCUUUAGCCCCGAAUGGCUCACACGGGAGAAGAUACUCUCGCAAUACCAGCGCCAGGGGUUCAAGCACUCGAUGGAUAUCGAAGACCUGGCUCGCCUUAUGAGAUAUUGCACUCCCGGGAAGCCGGAGCUCGACUUUGAUCACGACCAAGAGUUGCAACGUGCCUUGUCAAGCCUUCUGGAGGAACGACCCCGGCUACGAAGUGGUCUCCGCCGAAUCCUCAAAUGCAGGGAAAUCUUCCGUAAUUGGUGA